UGCGCGAUUACGUCCAUUACCUUUCGACACCUCAGUCAUUAACAAAACCUUCCAUUACCAACAUGUAAGUCACAAGUUUCAAAGAAACCAGAAAUAACGGAACAUGCAACAUCCAGAAUGUUCCUAAAACAAGCCAAGCGACACGCAAAAAUCAUCAUCGUAGCACUUUCAAUUCUCUUCUUGAUAGCAAUCCUGAAUACGGACUUAUCGCCAGAUCUUUACUUCAUACAUUGGAAGCCGUUGGAGAACAUAUCCUGCCACUACUUAGAAGCUGAGGAUGUGUUACCAUCAGCAGACAAAGUGAAAUUCUCGUCCAAAUCCAUAUUUUUCCACGAGACGUCAUGCAAAGGAGGUCUAGAUGCCCGUCAAGCUUGCGCUGUCGAAUCGACAGCUAGAUCUCACCCUGACUGGGAGAUAAAUGUCCUUUUCACAGCUCCAGCGACUAAGGACACUUUAAUAAACAACAGUGUACUUCUGGGGCAAUUCCAGAACGUGAACUUCUACAGGAUUCACGUAGUAAAAUACGCAGAAGACACCCCUUUGAAGAAGUUUGUAGCAAGAGGAGCACUGAACAGGACUCGCUGGCGUAUCUCGCACGCGUCAGAUGUUUUGAGAUACUUAUCCUUGUACAAAUGGGGGGGAGUGUAUUUGGACUUGGACGUGGUGGUGGCAAAGCCUUUGGGGUCCCUGGUGAAGAACUGGGCUGCUAGGGAAAGUGGUAUAGCUGUUGCUGCAGGAGCAAUGGCCUUCUCUGAUGAUAAAGUAGGGAGACAAGUCGCUGAAGCUGCUAUAAGGGAUAUUAAGUGGAACUACAGAGGGGAUGUGUGGGGUCACAAUGGGCCGGGUGUGAUCACGAGGGUACUUAAGAACAUGUGCUCAACCACUGAUGUGUGGAAAAUGACUACUGCGACGUGUCAUGGUUUCGAAGUAUACGGUCCCGAAUACUUCUAUCCUAUCGAAUGGCAAAAGGCUCACGUCUAUUUUGAGAGAGGACACAUUGACCUGGACAAGGCCUACGUGUACCACGUUUGGAACCAUUUUAGCCAGCACUUCAAGAUACAGAGAGGAUCACCAUAUGAUACCCUCGCGAAAACGUUCUGUCCGACCGCUUAUAGCAUAUUCGUGGAUGAGUUUGGACGACUCUAA